AUGACUACCUCCGGCGCCCGUCUGGGGUGCGACUAUGCUGGGGUAGUUGAAGAGGUGGGCAGAGGAGUCACGGAAGAUUUCAAGAAGGGUGAUCGCGUGGCUGGUCCCUGUCAUGGUGCCAAUGCUGUCUGUCAUGAAGACGGGACCUUUGGCGAACACAUUACACUCAAAGGCGACAUCCAGAUCAAGACACCCGACCAUUUGAGGUUCGACGAAGCCGCAACCCUGGGAAUUGGCAUCACCAGUACCGGCCAGGCGUUGUACCAAAAUCUACGACUCCCACUCCCCGACUCCAGGGAAAAGGUAAACUUUCUCGUCCUGAUAUACGGGGGCAGCACUGCAACAGGUUCUAUUGCCAUCCAGUUCGCGAAGCUGUCAGGGGCAUUCGUCAUUACAACGUGUUCACCACAUAACUUUGACUACGUCAGGCGCGUAGGCGCCGACGGGGCGCUGGACUAUAACUCGGCUAGCGUUGUGGAGGACAUCAAGAAUGCAGCACACAAUACCCUCCAACAUGCCCUGGACUGCAUCUCACAGGAGCCCAGCGCGAGAAUCUGUCCAAUUGUGGACGAAAUCAUCAAGAGCAUUAAUGAUAAGGUGUCAAACAAGAUGACGAUCGCAUAUACUAUCGUUGGUGAGCAAUUCAGCAAUGGGCCCCAUUGUAUUCCGGCCAAGCCGGAGGACCUUGAGUUCGGCAAGAUGUUCUGGGAGGUCAUGAGAGCUCUCCUGGCGCGAGGAGAACUGAAGGUGCAUCUUCCAAAUGUCAAUCCAACAGGACCAGGGUUGGAAGGUAUACUCAGAGGUAUCGAGUGCAUGAGAGCAGGCAAGGUGUCGGGCAGUAAGUGGGUUUACACUACCUCUUGA